AUGGCUUCCGGGGGAGCCAAAAUAUCUUUGAAGGCCGUGAAAGGCACACGCGAUUGGGCAGGACCUGACCUGCUCCUACGAGAUCAUGUCUUUGAGACUAUAACAAACGUUUUCAAACUCCACGGCGGCACCCCUCUCGACACCCCCGUAUUCGAGUUAAGAGAUAUUCUUGCCGGCAAAUAUGGCGAGGAGGGUCGUUUGAUAUACAACCUAGAAGACCAAGGUGGCGAGCUCUGCGCCUUGCGCUAUGAUCUGACAGUCCCUUUCGCCCGUUGGUUAGCCAUGAACAACGUCCAACAGAUCAAGCGCUACCAGAUCGCAAAAGUCUAUCGUCGCGACCAGCCUGCCAUCGCUCGUGGCAGAAUGCGCGAGUUUUACCAGUGCGAUCUUGACAUUGCCGGUGUCUACGAUCCUAUGAUACCCGACGCCGAAAUCCUACGAAUUAUUGUCGAAUCCUUCGAAGCCCUCGACCAAGAGAUUAUUAUUAAGCUAAAUCACCGAAAAAUCCUGGACGGCAUAUUCGCUGUCGCAGGUGUUCCUGCCGACAAGAUACGCCCUAUUAGUUCCGCUGUAGAUAAGCUAGAUAAAGAGCCGUGGGAGGCCGUAAAGAAGGAGAUGGUCGAGCAAAAGGGCCUUCCGGAGGGAGUCGCCGACAAGAUCGGCCAAUUCGUUCUAAACCGUGGAACCCUCGAUGAGAUGAUACAAUUCAUUAAGUCGGAUGCGGACCUAUCAGCGAACGAAGAAAUAAAAGCGGGUCUUGUAGACAUGGAAUUGCUCGCCUCCUACUCUAAAGAACUGAACACAUUCAACAGUGUCUCCUUUGACCUGUCUCUCGCCAGAGGAUUGGAUUAUUACACGGGUCUGAUCUUCGAGGUGAUCCAAAAACCGCAAGAUGCAAAAGACAAGGACGGCAAGAAGUCGUCGAAGAACGCAGAUGCCUCGGCGGUGGGCAGCAUCGCGGCGGGCGGACGAUACGAUAACCUCGUGGGCAUGUACGGCAAGAAGCAGAUCCCAUGUGUGGGCAUCUCGUUUGGUGUCGACCGCAUCUUCACGAUCCUAAAGGCGAAACAAGGAGACAAGAAGCCCCCCUCUAGACAGAUCGACGUUUACGUCAUGGCUUUCGGCGGCAAGGAAUUCGACGGCCUAUUGCUGCAGCGCAUGUCCGUCGCGCGACAGCUAUGGGAGGCUGGCAUCCGCGCCGAGUUUAGCGCAAAGGUCAAACCCAGACUUCCCCAGCAGUUCAAAGCCGCCGAGGAAGUACCGCUUGCUGUCAUCCUCGGCCAAGAUGAACUUGCAGAGGGUAAGGUCCGGUUGAAGACUCUGGGCUCGGGCAAGCCUGGCGAGGAGAAGGAUAAGGAUGAGAAGGACCAGGGGAUACUCAUUAAGCGGGAUGACCUGGUGGAGGAGGUGAGGAAGCUGUUGGCGGCGAAUGGUGCGACGGGUACGUUGCCUUUGCGAUAG